AUAACUCAGCUGAGUCUUCAGACAAAGGCUGAUUUCUUGGAACUUCUAAAAUCUGAAACCAUGAAACGUCUACUGUUGCUACUCUUAUGUGUUCACUUUGCUAAGUCUCAAGGAAUCAGUGACUACGAUGAUGAGGACAGAAGAAGGUUUAGCUAAGGGUGUCCUGGAUGCCCGUGGCCAUCGACCCAUUGACCGGAGGAGGGAAGAGGCCCCCAGCCUGAGACCUGUAGCACCCCCUAUCAGUGGAGGGGGCUACCGGGCUCGUCCCUCCAAACCACUUGCCAAACAAACCAAGGUGGAAAGAAAAGCCCCGGAUGCUGGCGGCUGUCUCCAUGCAGACCAGGACCUGGGAGUGUUGUGUCCUACCGGAUGUCAGCUGCAACAGACUUUGCUAAGCCAGGAAGCACCCAUCAAAAAAAGUGUUGCAGACUUAAACAACCAUGUGGAGUCUGUUUCUCAGACCUCCACCAGCACCUUUCAGUACAUGACUCUGCUGAAAGACAUGUGGAAAAAGAGGCAGGCCCAGCUAAAAGACAAUGAAAAUGUGGUAAGUGAGUAUUCUUCUGCGCUGGAAAACCAACGCAUCUACAUAGACGAAAGUGUCAAUAGUAACAUCCCCACUAACCUACGCGUGCUUCGCUCCAUCCUGGAAAACCUGAGAAGCAAAAUACAAAAAUUAGAAUCUGACGUCUCUGCUCAAAUGGAAUACUGCCGCACGCCAUGCACCGUCAGCUGCAACAUUCCCGUGGUGUCCGGCAAAGAAUGUGAGGAAAUUAUCAGGAAAGGAGGCGAAUCUUCGGAAAUGUAUCUCAUUCAACCUGACAGUUCCAUCAAACCAUAUAGAGUGUACUGUGACAUGACUACAGAAAAUGGAGGCUGGACAGUAAUACAGAACCGUCAAGAUGGUAGUGUUGACUUUGGCAGAAAAUGGGAUCCAUAUAAGCAGGGAUUUGGAAAUAUUGCAACCAACGCAGAUGGGAAGAAAUACUGCGGCCUACCAGGUGAAUAUUGGCUCGGAAAUGAUAAGAUCAGCCAGCUCACCAAGAUGGGACCCACAGAACUUCUGAUCGAAAUGGAGGACUGGAAGGGAGACAAGGUAAAGGCGCACUACGGAGGCUUCACGGUGCUGAACGAGGCCAACAAGUACCAAGUGUCCGUGAACAAGUACCGAGGGACGGCUGGAAACGCGCUCAUGGACGGAGCAUCCCAGCUGACCGGAGAGAACAGAACCAUGACCAUUCACAACGGCAUGUUCUUCAGCACCUACGACAGGGACAACGACGGCUGGGUAAAUGCAGAUCCAAGAAAGCAGUGUUCCAAAGAAGAUGGUGGCGGAUGGUGGUAUAACAGAUGCCACGCAGCCAAUCCAAACGGCAGAUACUACUGGGGUGGCCAGUACAGCUGGGACAUGGCAAGACACGGCACGGAUGACGGCGUGGUGUGGAUGAACUGGAAAGGCUCCUGGUACUCCAUGAAGAAGAUCUCCAUGAAGAUCCGGCCCUUCUUCCCACAGUAGUCGUCCUCAGUGUGUACAUGUUUAUUCUUCUGCGACAACAUUUUUUACAUUAUGUUAUUAGAACGUUCUUUCAUAUAUUAUAUCCCUGUAAAACAAACAAUCAUGAGUGUUUGUGCCUU